AUGGACUUGGUUCAUAGUUUUCGAGCCAAGAACCAGUACAAGAUGACACAUUUGAAUGGAGUGAAUCUUGCCCCCGAUUGCGACUCCCAGAUGGUGAUUCAGCUGCCCAAUUCGAGGGUCUUCCGUGUCGUAUCGAGAUCAUUGUUUCUGGCUGUGGUUAUACUCACAUUGCCUUGUAUAGGGUCCCUUAUGAAAUCCCCUCAUUCAAGAUUUGAAUUCAAUGCGCUUGAGUUCGGUGUUGCCUCUGAUAUGAGCAACUUGCAGUCCAUGAAUGUCCUAUUUCAUGAUUUGUCUCGUGAGGGCCUCCUUAAGAAAGGUGAUAAAGCUCUGGUUGUGAGCUCUGGUAUUGGGCAGCUCGGUGGGAAUCUGCAAUUCUUGGAUGGUAAUGAGAUCGAUUUCGCCGUGGAAUCGGAUUUGGAGAGCCAGAGUCUGAUCCCAGACAGGAUGUUUGAUUUUGCAAUUGUAUCUGGUUCAGUUGACCCUAAAUUCGUGGAUAGGGUAGUGAAAAUAGGUGGCAUUCUUGCUGUUCAGCUUAGCAGUGAUCCUUUGAAUGCUUUCCAAGAACCGUCAAAUUAUAAGAUUGUGUAUAUGAGAAGAUAUGAGCGCACCGUCGUGGCAAUGAGGAAAGUUGCUUCUGUUCAGCUCACAAUCUCCUCGACAAAGCGAAAGCUCUGCAACUUGGCUUUAGAAGCCAAGAAAGCCACACUGCAGGGCUUAGAGGACGUGUUGCUUGAACCACCAAGGCGAGCUCUAGUAAGAUCCAGAGACUACUUGAAGAGAAUCAAAUAUCUUCCUGAGUUGUUGGGUGAUUCUCUACGAGGCUACAACCGCCGCAAUUUCAUCACGGUAGGCUCGCGGGAGGAUGUCAGGGGAAUGGUGGAAUGGUUUCAUCAGAACUACCCUGUGCAAAAUCAGCACUUUGAGGUGCACCAUCUCGAGACCGGAUCUGGGGAUGCACGCGUGGAUGUAUCGGAUUGGUUGACCAGGAAUGUGAGGGAAGAAGAGUAUGUCGUGAUGAAGGCCGACGCGGAAGUGGCCGAAGAAAUGAUAAGGAAGAGGGCGACACAUCUGGUGGAUGAAAUGUUCCUGGAAUGCAGCAGUCAAUGGGGGUACCGAAAGACGAAUAAGAGCAAAAGGGCUUACUGGGAGUGCCUGGCUUUGUAUGGAAGGUUGAGGGACGCAGGGGUUGCUGUUCACCAAUGGUGGGCUUGA